GCUAAAUUCUCCUACCUUGCUGUCGCUCCCUUGCUGUCCAGCAGACUCAAUAAUCGCGAUGAAUGGUAUACAUUCUUGGCAGGCAACGGCAUAUAUCGAAUGUAUCGCGCGUAGCAGUCGUGAUCCCGACAUGCAAGGCUAUGCGGUACGAUUGUCCAUCUUCAUUGCGAAUGUCAUGCUGGCGAUACUCAUUAAGUGGUCUCAUGACGACGUGACAGAGUCUGUACGUGUCGUGCUCGUACAGGUCUACAGCAUUAUCCUCGUUACAUUCAUCAGCAUGUGGCGGAGAAAUCUCUCCAUGGCUGACGCGCACUUCGCGCUCUCUAUCACCGUGUCACCUCUUUCAGUGUACUUCCUAUAUUCGACGCUUCGUGUUUGUCUGAAGAAAAGAAACACACUGUACGAGCGCCUCGGAAAGUCCAAGAUAAUUGUUGGUGUCCUCACUACGAUCAUGCUAAUUCUUUGGAUCGUCUUGGAUCUCCUGAUAUAUUUCGCUCACGUCUUCGAGGGCGAGGUCUGCCCCUCGCCUACAGUGAUCGGAUGGUUCAUCUAUCGUUCGAUUACUGCAGCAGAGGCCCUCGAGAUAACGAUUUACUUCCUACCGUUGCUGCCUUUCUUUUAUCUCGUCUACGCCGUACGUCAUUUCUCCGACGUCCGAGAAGAGUACCGAAGACACAUGCGGAAGGUAGUUCCUUGGCCUCGUUUUCGAUGUAUCCAAAUUACGUGGUUCUCUGUUCGGUCCUUCUGCCUGUCGCAAUGGAUUGUUAUAACUCGAGCGCAUCCCUGGACAGUAUUCCUUUGCAUUCUCCUAGCCUACAUGUGUUGGGCGGGAACACUCAAAAUAUGGAUCGUCGACAUGGAUUAUUACUACUACGAGCUUCUCCAGAGUUUCGGCGACUCGCUACCGUAUGAACCGCGUAUCAAUUACGAUCCCCUCGGUUUCGGACAGUUACUUGCAGCUACCGUCGCCAUCGAGCCUAUCUAUGCCGUAUGCUUGCUCACUUGGAACAGACGAGCCGAUUUAAGAAGUUACAUCCGACGUCUACCCUCUGCAUUCCGAGACGGCAUUAUAUUCAUCGUUUCUGGGCGAGGAAACCCAUGGAGAAUCAUGCAUUAUCCACUACAGAACAUAUCACCUCAAGAAAAGCACCCUUCGAGCCGGGCGAGGGACGCCUAUCCGGCGCCAAAAAACCCUCCGCAUCGAGCUCCUCCUCCUCGCAGUUCAACGAGACCUGCAGAGAAGCCGCAAGCCCCGGGAAAAUCAUCACAUUCGCCUUCGGGCAGGGCCUCUGGCUCGGAUGCUGCUGCUCAGACGCCCAAACCAUCUCACUCAGAGAAGCAUCACUCCUCAGGAAAUCCACAUUCUCAUUCGGGCAGGGAUGUUGCUGCGCAGACGCCAAAAUUAUAUCAUUCCCUUCCGACUUCUUCACGUCCAGCUCGGGACAGGCGGCAUGACAGACGCGGGAGACAUAACAGUGACAGAUAUUCACCCGCAGUCGGUUCGAACGCUCGGGUCCAUAGUGGGCCGGGACAUGCAACACCCAGCAGGCCAUCUGCUUCUUCUCACCACCGGGAGAAGUCGUCUGUAACACCCUACGACCCUCCAGCGCGUUGAUACAGUUUCUUAUCCAUUUCGGAAGGUGUUGACGACCUCCCUUUUCUGAACCCAGGCUUAAUAAGCAGGAGGGUGUAAAGAUAUGUUGAGAUACUAUGCAGUAGUCUACCAAGAUAUGAGAACAGAAGGAGUAGCUUGAAAACGGAGGAUGUCGCGACGACGGAUGUCCGGCGAAAUCGAUCGCGUGCGCCUUGUAUGCUGACUACGAUGAUCGUUAAUAGUUAGUGCAACGCUUCAUGUCACGCGGAAGUAUUAAGCGAUUUCGACGAAGAGGGAAAUAAAUAUCUUCAUUUACC